UUUUGGUUCCAAAGUUCUAGUCUUUGAUCUCGAGGUUCAUUCAUGGCGUCCUCACUCUCUCGCUACCGGAGAAGAAUCACAAGCCUCACUUCCACUCUUCUCCGAGCUCGCCUUUUCUCAUCCCUCCCCGUCGCCAAGCCCAAUGCCUCUGAUGACCCGGUCUGUGACCAUGCUCCCUUGUUCCGCUCCCCAGAGGUCCGUGUCUCCACUCUCUUGAAUGGCAUCCGCGUCGCCACCCAGUCAUCGUCCUCCCACAUGGCCUCUGUCGGUGUCUGGAUCGAUUCCGGCAGCCGAUUCGAGGCUCCCGGCACCAACGGCACCGCGCAUUUCCUCGAGCAUAUGAUCUUCAAGGGCACCCGCCGCCGGACCGCCCGCUCCCUGGAGGAGGAGAUCGAGAACCUCGGCGGCCGACUCAAUGCCUACACGUCUCGCGAGCAAACCACCUUCUUCGCCGACGUCUUCCGCCGUGACGUCCCCGUCGCCAUCGACGUGCUCGCGGACAUCCUCCAGAAUUCGAAGUUCCCCGACCAUGCUAUCAAACGAGAGCGUGGUGUUAUCCUCCGAGAGAUGGAAGAGGUUCAUGGGCAAAUGGAAGAAGUGAUAUUUGAUCACUUGCAUGAGGCAGCGUUCCACGGGCAUCCGCUUGGCAACACAAUAUUAGGACCAGAAGAGAUUAUUCAAUCCAUAUCUAGAUCUGAUUUGCAGAAUUAUAUUGAAACACACUACACUGGUCCUAGAAUGGUUGUGUCUGCUGCUGGUGCAGUUAAGCAUGAAGAGAUUGUUGAUAUGGUUGAAAGUUUGUUUACGAGAUUCGCUAGGACUCCCACUGCUGCUGCUCAGCUUGCUCAGGAGAAUCCUGCUGUCUUUACUGGUUCGGAGGUUCGAGUGGACAAUGAGGAUAUGCCCCUGGCACAUUUGGCAAUUGCCUUUAAAGGUUCGGCAUGGACCGACCCAAAUUCUAUACCGCUUAUGGUCAUUCAAAGCUUGUGGGGAUCUUGGAAUAGCAGUGUUGGCGUGGGUAACUGUUCGGGGUCUCAACUAGCACGCCGAGUUAGCACUGAUAACCUGGCAGAGAGUAUGAUGGCCUUCAAUACCAACUAUCUUGAUACAGGAUUGUUUGGCAUCUAUGCCACUGGAAUGCCUAAUUGUUUGCAUGAUUUGUCAUGUGUGAUAAUGCAAGAGAUUACUAGACUAGCUUAUGAAGUGUCAGAAGCAGAACUAGUGAGAGCUCGGAACCAGUUAAAAUCUGCACUUUUGCUCCAUAUUGAUGGAUCCACAGCGGUUGCCGAGAACAAUGGUCGCCAGAUGCUAACUUAUGGCCGGGUCAUCCCAUUCUUAGAGCUGUUCGCUCGCAUAGAUGCAGUGGAUACUUCGACAGUGAAAGAGACAGCAAAAAAUUUCAUAAUUAACAAGGAUGUUGCCGUUGCUGCAGUUGGACCACUCAGCAAAUUGCCUCAUCAUGAAUGGUUUCGCUCACAGACUUGCUCUCGGACAACAUAAAUUUCGAUCACAAAUACCAGAACACAUUCUUGAAGCUAAGAUACAAGUAUUUAAUAAUGUCAUGUGUCUUGUACUCUUUUAGCCUCGUCUCUGAUGACAUUCAUGUAUGAUUAGUUCAACACGCCAGGAAUUCAUCAUUUUAAAUUCUAUUGAUGGGUUUGUAUUCUUUAUUGUGCUGUUUGGAGUUUUGGAUUAUGGUCAAAGAUCACAGGUCAUUAAUGUACUCUAAUCUCCAUAAUUUUGUUUAUGAAAUGUACAUUUGAUAU